AUGUCGGACGAGAGCGAGCAACAGCUGACCUUCACGGUCAAGUCGUCCAAUGACGCCAAAUAUGCCAUCACCAUCACAGCCACCUCUACCGUCACCCAGCUCAAGGAGAAGCUGGCCACAUCAGACUUCGCAGACAUUCCCAUCGAGCGUCAACGUUUGAUCUACUCUGGUCGUGUGCUCAAGGACCACGAGACGCUAGCGAGCUACAAGAUCAAGGACGGCAACACCAUCCACCUGGUCAAGGGAGCUGAAAGCAACAACCGUCAGAACCCUGCCAACCAGGGUGGUUCGGUUCCCGUUCCUGGUGCCGGAUCAGCUGCCAAUGUGCCUUCCAACAUCGCCGCUGGGACUGGCGCACACAACCCCCUGGCUCAACUAACUGGUGCACGCUAUGCUGGCUUCCACCAAUUGCCCGGAGCUGACAUGUUCGGUGCUGACGGAGGCAUGGGCGCACCCCCAGACCCUGAUCAACUCCUACGAAUGCUCGAGAAUCCAGCCUUUGCCCAACAGAUGAACGAAGCCAUGAACAACCCCGAUGUUAUCAAUAUGAUGCGCAACAACCCUAUGCUUCGCAACAACCCUAUGGCUCAGCAAAUGUUCGACAACCCAGAGAUGCGCCGUAUGAUGAUGAACCCUGAAUUCAUUCGAAUGCAGAUGAACAUGCAAAGAAGCAUGGGCGGCGGUGGCUUGGGUGGUGCCGCUGCUUUCCCUGCUCCCGGCGCAACAGAUACCACAGAGUCAAACUCAACAACGCAAAACACACAACAGCAGAACCAGCAACCGCCCAAUCCUUUCGCCAUGUUCGGUGGAGGCCCAGGUGCAGGAAGCGGCGCAAACCCCUUCGCUGCUCUGUUUGGCGGCAACCCUGGAACACCCGCCCAAGGCCAAACUCCAGGCGUCAAUGCUGGCCAAGCACAAGCAAACCCCUUCGCAAGUCUGUUUGGUGGGCUGGGCGGUGCCCAAGGCGGCGGCUCAGAUCCCAUCCAACAGAUGGCCCAACAAAUGAUGCAGAACCCAGAGAUGAUGCGCUCAGCAAUGAACAUGAUGCAAGGCAUGUACGGCGGUAACAACAACUCAGGCGCCGCCGGUGCCGAAGGCGGUGCAGCACCCGCCAAUCCAUUUGGCGGAGGCAUGAACCCAUUCGCAGCUCUGGGCGGUAUGGGAGGCAUGGGAGGCUUUGGCGCACCGCAGCAACAGCAAGACAACCGGCCGCCAGAGGAGCAGUAUGCUACACAACUGCAGCAACUCAACGCAAUGGGCUUCUACGAGUUUGAGCGCAACGUUCGUGCUCUGCGCAUGAGCGGAGGAAGCGUGGAAGGUGCUGUUGACAUCUUGUUCAGUGGUACGAUAUAG